UCCAAAUCCACCUCCCAAGAAAAUUAGGCUACAAGACUUGGAAGAUGGAGUUGAUAAUCUGAGUCAAAAUGGAGAGGGCCAGAGCUCUGUAACUGAUGAUGGAAGUGUUGGCUCUAAGAGCUCAAAUUUACCUGUCUGCAAUGUUUGUCUAGGAAUACUUCAAGAAUUCUGUGAGAAAGAGUUCAUUAAAAAGGUAUGCCAGAAAAUUGAGACCUCGGGGUUUGAAUUCACCAACUUGAUGUUUUCAGUCUCCUUCCCACCACAGGUAUUGGUAAGAGAGGCUGUGACUGAAUUGCCUAUAGCAUGCAGCAUGGUUGCUGGUAAAACAGGAAAUGGGAAAGCAGAGUUUGUCGCUGGGGAGAAGUGAUGUAGUUCAGUUAAAAGAAGCCUACAAAUGGAUAAUGCACCCCUUGUUUUCAGAGGAACUGGGUGUUCCCAUCGAUGGAAAGAGCUUAUUUGAAGUGAGUGUGGUCUUCGCUCACCCAGAAACAGUUGAGGAUUGCCACUUCCUAGGUACAGUUUGCCCAGAUUGUUUCAAGCCAGCCAAAAACAAACAGUCAGUGUUCACUAGAAUGGCAGUUAUGAAAGCUUUGAAUAAGAUAAAAGAAGAGGAAUUCCGCAAGCAGUUUCCUUGUCCUCCAAACUCACCAAAGGCUGUAUGCACUGUUCUUGAAAUUGAAUGUGCUCAUGGUGCUGUUUUUGUAGCUGGGAGAUACAAUAAAUACUCCAGAAAUCUACCCCAAACUCCUUGGAUAAUUGAUGGAGAAAGGAAGCUGGAAUCUUCAGUGGAAGAAUUAAUUUCAGACCAUCUACUGACAGUAUUUAAAGCAGAGAGUUUUAACUUUUCAUCCUCUGGAAGAGAAGAUGUCGAUGUGAGAACCUUAGGAAAUGGAAGACCCUUUGCAAUUGAGCUGGUAAAUCCUCAUAGAGUAUACUUCACUUCACAAGAAAUUAAAGAACUUCAACAGGAAAUUAAUAAAUCAUCCAACAAAAUCCAAGUACGUGAUUUGCAACUUGUCACAAGAGAAGCAAUAGAGCAUAUGAAAGAAGGUGAAGAAGAAAAGACCAAGACCUAUAGUGCCUUAAUAUGGACUAAUAAAGCAAUACAGAAGGAGGAUAUUGAAUUCCUAAAUGAUAUAAAGGACCUAAAGAUUGACCAGAAGACACCUCUACGUGUUCUUCACUGAAGGCCCUUGGCUGUGAGAAUGAGAGUCAUUCACUCCAUGGAGACGCACUUCGUGGAUGAGCACCAUUUUCGCCUCUGUCUGAAGACCCAAGCUGGAACCUACAUUAAAGAGUUUGUACAUGGUGACUUUGGGAGAACCAAGCCAAACAUCGGCUCUCUGAUGAAUGUGACCGCAGACAUUCUUGAACUAGAUGUGGAGUCUGUAGAUGUUGACUGGCCACCUGCCCUGAAUGACUAGCUUUGGUCUCUGGAGACGAGUAGGGUUUUCCUAGCGUGAUGUGGACAUCCAUGCAGCAUACCUGUAAAAUGGCUGGUUACCCACCAUAACGGUGUCUUGGAAACCAUUUGGAUCAUGUUGAUCUAUUUUUACAAUUUGUUGUAACACCUCAGGACCUAUCUAUCUGUAUGUGUGUGUAUUUUUUGUUAAACUGUUCUAAGGAUGUCUGUGACUUCUCAUUCCUGCUUUCACCUUCACAAAAGCUAUGAGUAACAAAAACAUUCUCCCUCUUUUUUAUAGAGAAGUACAUAAGCAGGAAACAUUUUGUUAAGUGUCCACAUGAUUUCUCUUCACCUUAGAUAUACCACCUUUAAAUUCAUAUUCUAAAUUUUAGGGCUGGGGAGGUGGCUCAGUGGAAUAAGUGCUUGCUUGGCAAGCACAAGGUCCUGAGUUUGAUCCCUGGUACUACCAAAAAACAAAUUUUAAAAAUUUGUGAAAGUUAUAAUAUUUUGAACAUCUUAUAAUAGCUUAAGAUAUCAAAUGCAAAUCUGACAUUAAUAUUUUUCCUUAUGAGCAUCAGGUAAACUAUUACCAAUGAAAAUACUUGUGACUGUGAUUUAUCACAAAUUAUGAUAUCAAAUUACUUUUUAAAAAAUGUAUUUAGUACAGAGUCUACGGGAUCUCACUACAUAGAUUGGACUCG